AUGCCAGCCGACGGCGACGAACCCGUCUUCGCCAAUGCCUGGUGGAUGAUCUUUCUCGACAAGGCGAGUGGGCGCUCCACGAACUCGAUUGUUACGACUUUGACUGCAGGAUUCCUCGUUUACACCCGAUCUGCCGGUGUCGCCUACUUUGCGACCGGCGCGGUCAUUUGCAGCAUGACUGUGAAGGCCAUAAAGCGACUCGUCCGUCAGCCACGCCCUGUCAAGACUAUACGUGGUCGCAGGAAGAAAUCUUAUGGCAUGCCGAGCACCCAUUCGGCCACUAUCACCUUUUUCGCCGUAUACAUCACGCUCUCGUGUCUCUACCUUCCUAUUCAUCCCUCUCUGCCGUCUCGUAUGAUCACCAGGGUGCUCCCUCCCCUCAUCGUCCUGCCAUGGGCAACUACGAUUGCCGUCUCCAGAACAUGGCUCGGACACCAUACUUGGCUGCAAGUAGGUGCCGGCUGUGCUUGCGGCCUAAUCUUCGCCCCUAUCUGGUUCAACAUCUGGAUUCGCGGAGGAAACGAAUACGGCAGAAUGCUCGAGCAGGCCAUCUUCGCCCGCUGACGACGAUGCGUCCACAGCGACAUUGGUUUAC